CUUUUUCCUCUCAACUGAUAACCUAAAACGCCUAAACUAUAAUCAGAAGCGAAAAAAUUGUUUCAGAUGUGCAGUGAAGCACCUUUAAAAACAACACAAGAGUCCAAUUUUCCUUAAAAGUUUGGUUUUAGGAUUGCCAAGUCAAAGAUGAGAGAAAAUCUGCACACAUUGUCCCAGUUAGUCAACAGAUCAAUCUGGAUACAGGUGACUUUCUUCAGAUAACUACUUCAAGUGCAAAUUGCACUAGUUAUUUAUUUUUGCUUCAAAUCUACUGUUGCAAUACUUGCUUUCAGAACAGUCGAAGUGUGUUUUAAAUGAGUAAAGAUCAACAUUUCUAUAAAAGCAUUUUUAUAUACACAUAAAUGCUUUGGGAGAAAUUUCACAGUGUUUUAUCAACUGUAUCCUGUCAGAAAUAAAGGAAAAAAAUAAUUUUAGGCUGAUAAUCUUUCUUCACACAAGCUUGAUAUUUUUUCUUAUUUUUAGUUUUGUAAUCAGUCAUUGAGAAUGCUUCACAUCUGUGUUGCAUGGAGUGGACCAAACUUCUGGCACCUGUAAACAGGUACUUCAGCCCAGGAUGAUUAGACUACAUCCAACCUCUGCCUAUUUUGAAUCAGAAACAGCAUGUUUAAUGUCACCCUUUAAGUUUUCUAUGAUCCGAUAGAAAACUUGGAACCAUGAGACUGAUCACUUGCUGGUGUGUUUGGUGCUCGUCUUGUUUAAACAUCCAUUUCAAGGGCAAAUCCUCUUUGGCAUAAACUAACAUGACUUCCUCAAGUAGUUUGAUGUCUUGAAACUGAUUCAUGAUUCUUGCAAUGUGUUAGCUUCUUGUUGGGGGCCAUAAGCAGCAGCUUAGUUUGCUUGUGCCUUGGGCUGGCUCUGGGGCUAAAAAAUAAGGGACAGCCCCCCAUGCUGCCUUUUGAUCCAACAGUUUCAACAAUGACUUCAACUUUUAAAUUUAAACAUUGCAUAAUUAAACAAAUCCCUUCAAGUUAUAGCAUGCAUUUCAUAGAACAAUAAUUUAUUCUAGGUAGGGUAGUAUGAUUCUGACUACGGUUUGUCGCCACAUUUAAAGUUUUACUUACGUUUUCACUUUCUGUCUGUUGGAUUGGCUCGGGGCCGCGCCCAGGAGCGCGCAGCACGCACAGCGUCCUUACGGUUUCUAUGGUAACCGCAGAUAUCAACAGGGCACGGAGGGAGAGGUGUCCGACCGCGACUCUAUACUUUUAAACCCCCCGGGUCUCACCUGACGUUUUGCGGGACUUUAAGUGAGUCGGCCUCAGUUUGACUGAUCUCUGUUGGUAAUCUGCCAAGCAGCUGAAUGAGCCUGGAUCUUUCCCCCUGAGAGAGAUGGACACCAGCUCUCACACACUGCCAUCUUUCUCCUCAUCUUCUACUACUCUUGGUGGCUCUCUGCCCCUGAACUCCUCACCCCAGCUGACCUCUUCAAGUGUUUCGCUCACACUUUCACCUGUCUCAUUACCACCGUCCCCUACUUCGCUGUCUCCAGCAACAGCAGAGUCUGCUCACCCGUCCUCCCCUGUUUCAGACUUCACUACCUCUUAUUGCCUCGAAGGACAAAGCACGCAAAGCCUGGGACAGGUAAACACAUUUGACCAGGAUGACCUGACUUGCCUAAGCUGGCUGCACCAGAGAGGUGACCUGCUCUCUCUGCAGCCUCUUGCCAAAAUAACACCUCUGCCCCAGCAACAGACCUGCACGCCUGGCCAGCUUCCUUCUCCUCCUCCUGCUCCUGUCUCCUCCAAGCCGCCGUACUCCUUCAGCAGUCUUAUUUUCAUGGCGCUAGAAGAUUCUCCUCAGAAGAGGCUCCCGGUAAAGGACAUCUAUCAAUGGAUUGUGAGCAAUUUUCCCUACUACAGGACAGCCACUGGUGGUUGGAGGAAUUCAGUUAGACACAACCUGUCGCUGAGCAAGAGCUUCCGUCGCAUUCAGAGGGACAAGAGCCAGUCAGUGGGGAAGGGGUCGUUGUGGUGUGUGUGUCCAGAGUAUCGGCCUGUGCUCCUGGAGGUUCUGAGGAAGACCCACAGUUAUCAUAGCACCAACAGCAAUCUGAUCAACAAGCCAGCACUGUUAGAUGGAUGCUACCAUGAGGUGCCUGCAGUGUGUGACACCAUGGAAAUCUCAGACACUCUUUCUCAUGCCCUGUUCCUCUCCGGUUCCUCUCCCCACGCGGCUUUCUCCGAAGACAUGCUAUGCCCUUUGACCCCGGAUCACGAGGAGCUGGUUGCCAUGGAGUCGACCGAAUACCAGCCAAACGAGGUCAGCGAAGACACAGAGAAGGACCCGCUAUCUGACAGCGGCUACAUCGAGCUGCACUACUACGAAUCUGACCAGUGCCAGUACCUGGUGCUGCCGGGCGAAUCCGAGCUGGACCUGGAGACUGUGGAGAUCCUGCAGCUGGACGUGGAGGCCCAGGAGGCUGCUGGGUCUUUGCUGGAUCUGGCAGGUGGUGGAUAUUAGCUGUUGCCCCAGUUAAUCCAAAUGUUUCAGUUAUUACCAGAUCUUCAUAAGUUUUAAUCCACGGUGUUUCCUCCUGAGGCGCCCACACUGCCCUGUAAAUUAUGAGAUGUUACUAUAGAUCUACAGAUGGAAUUAAAACUCCACAUGUAUUCAGGCACUUUGGACGCCCAAGCUGAACUCACCAUUAGAUCACACUGAAAAAGAUCAGAACAAAUAUUUUUAUGACUAAAAGUAUUAAAAGCUUAUUUUAACGGUAUUUAGUGUGAUCUUCAACAGAUCAACGUCAACUUUAGGGCUGGAAAAAGUGCUUCCUAACCGAGACGGCGUGCUGUUACUGUUAACGUCUUGGUUACAGUUUUAAUCAACCAUGAUUAGUUUUUUUCUAUAGCCUUUUCUGAAAACCGUGUUUCUAAAAGUAUUUUGGGAAUAAAGUAUAUUUAAUUUAUUAUGUACUUAUAAUCAUAAAUGUACACAGGACGUAUGAAGGAGCAAUAGAUGAAUAACAGUAAGAUUAGUAUUAACAUUUAUUUUCAUUAAUCUCUUGAUUUUCCUUUUCUUUUAACUCUUAAUACAUUUACAAUUUAUGAUGUAUGUUUUUAAAUCCCAGACUUCAUUUGUUCUUGCUGAUUUUAAGACUUUUAAACUAAAUUGUCUUCAAUCUACAUUAUUGUCUUUGUAACUGUAAUCCAACCACUGCCAUUUAAAUAAAAAUGUUAAAUUGAAUUUUUCUUUUGUAAAUUCAGUUUCUUGUAUUUGUGUUUUUGUGAAAUAAAAUUUCU